AUAGUACAUGUAGGUGGAUCGAUUGGACUCUGCAAACUAAAACCUCGUGAUAACUUGACUUUCUUCUACUACUGGUGCCAUACCGGUAUAUAUAGUUUACAAAAUAGAGGAACAUGAGUUAUAAUUACAUCGUCACUGCCCACAAGGCAACUGCUGUCCCUCUCUCUGUUACGGGGAACUUUACGGGGCCGGAUGACCUCAACCUGAUCCAGGCUAAGGGUAGCAAUCUUGCCGUGAGUCUUGUUACGUCUGAGGGUCUCAAACCAGUUCUUGAUGUUGAUGUGUUUGGACGAAUUUUAGCCAUUCAGUUGUUUAGACCUCAAGGGGAAAGGAUGGAUUUAUUGUUUAUAUUGACAGCAAGAUAUCACGUAGCUAUUGUUGGCUAUGAUCCUAUUGCCAAUGAUGUUUUAACUAGAGCCUAUGGAGACAUUAAGGAGCGUGUUGGCAAGCCUACAUUGGGUAAGAAUGUAGCAAUGGUUGAUCCAAGCUGUCAGCUAAUUGCCCUCCAUCUUUAUACUGGCCAGCUCAAAAUUGUACCACUUCAGUUUGACUCUGGUUCACCACUCAAAGCCUUUAACAUAAGACUUGAAGAUCUUUACAUCACUGAUAUCCAGUUUCUUCAUGGAACCGAAAACCCAACAAUCGCUUACAUUUCUGAAGAGCCUUCAGUUGCUACUGGACGAGUUUUAAAAACCUUUGUAAUAUCUCAGAGAGACAAAGAGUUGCUCCCCGGGCCUUGGAAGCCGAAUACCAUUGAGGGACAGGCUAGUUUAUUAUGUUCGGUUCCCAGUCCUUAUAACGGGCUCAUUGUGGUUGGAGCCGAUAGUGUCGCUUAUUUCAAUGAUACAUCACACACUGUUGAUCCGAUUGUUAUUAAGGAGUCUGUUAUAUCUUGUAUUGAACCUCUUGAUCAUUCUCGCUAUCUUCUUGGUGACUUCCGUGGACGACUACUGACGCUGUUCCUAGAGUUUAGUGAAGAGAUGGAGUCUGGCAUGACCAAUAUUGUUAAUAUGAAGCUUGAAGUAUUAGGAGAAAUUAGUAUACCACACACUUUAUCUUAUUUGGAUAAUGGAGUUGUUUUUGUCGGUUCCACCAAGGGAGAUUCACAAUUAGUAAAGUUAUCUAGCAGUCCUCUUGAAAAUGGUGGCUAUAUAGACGUGUUGGAGAGUAUGACUAAUAUAGGCCCAAUACUUGACAUGAGUGUUGUUGAUCUUGAUAAGCAAGGGAGAGAUGUGUUAGUUUGUUGUUCUGGUCUAGGUAAAGAUGGUGCCUUAAGGAUAGUUAAAAGUGGUAUUGGCAUCAAUGAAGCUGCCUCCAUUGACCUCCCUGGCAUUAAAGGUAUUUGGUCAUUAAAAUGUGCUGGUAGAGAAGAUGAACUUGAUGAUACUGUCGUUUUAACGUUUGUUGGACAGACAAUGGCCCUCAGACUGGCUGGUGAGGAAGUAGAAGAGACAGAGCUGCCUGCUCUUGUUACAGACCAACAGACUUUCUAUUGCUCCAAUGUCACUGGUAAUGCUAUCAUACAGAUAACUACCAAAUCCGUUAGAUUAAUGGAUGACAAGGCAAUGGAGCUGAUCUGUGAUUGGUCACCUCCUGAUGGGCGUGGAAUAUCCACAGCUGCAUGUAAUUCCUCUCAGGUCAUGGUAGCUGUUGGCUGUGACCUUUACUACCUUGAGGUCAAGCCCGGCUCUCCAGGGGAGCUCCUACUAAUCAGCCACACUACAAUGUCACACGAAGUUGCCUGUCUUGAUAUAAAUCCUUUAUCUGAGGCUGGUACCUCCUCUCUCUGUGCUGUUGGCCUCUGGACUGACAUAUCGGUUCAGAUACUCAACGUACCUCAGUUUGAGCACCUCUUUACCCAACCACUUGGGGGAGAUAUUAUCCCAAGAUCGGUCCUAAUGGUUGAAUUGGGUGGAGCCUGUUACCUCUUAUGUGCACUAGGUGAUGGAUGCUUGCAUUACUACACGAUGGAUUCUGAGACUGGUCAGUUACGAGGUGGUAAGAGAGUGGUGUUGGGUACUAAACCGAUUGUUCUCAAACAGUUCAAGUCUGAUGGUGUAACCAGUGUAUUUGCUUGUUCUGAUCAUCCAACAAUAAUUCACUUCUCAAAUCAGAAACUUUUAUUUUCAAAUGUCAAUGUGAAGGAAGUUAAUUACAUUUGUACACUAAACUCAGAAGCUUUUCAAAAUAGUCUGGCACUAGUUGAUAGCAGUACACUGAUAUUUGGUUGUGUUGAUCAGAUCCAAAUGCUACACAUUGAGACUAUACCUCUUGGAGAAUCCCCUAGGUGCAUAGCCUAUCAGGAAUCCAGUCAAACAUUCCUUGUUGGUGGAUAUAGGACAGACAAAUCCGGACCUGAUAAUACAUACACACCUUCUAGACAGAGUGUUAGUACAAGGACCAGUAAUGUGUCAGUGGCUGUUGUCCCUCCUCAGUUGAAUAUUGAGGAGUUCAAGUGUCCCCAGGUUGAGAUGCACUCUCUUAUUCUUUUUGAUCAGACAACAUUCGAUGUAAGUCAUGUUUACCAGUUGUGCCCACAGGAGCAUAUUCUUUGUGUGACCUCGUGCAAUCUGACAACAAAUGAUGAAGAAAGAAGUGUUUAUGUUGUGGGAACUGCUCUUGUUAAGCCUGAAGAGAAGGAGUCCAGCACUGGGAGAAUACUAGUCUUUGCUGUAAACUCCGGAAAGCUGGAGUUGUUGCAUGAGAAGCUUGAGAAUGGUGCUGUGUUUCAAGUCUUGGGAUUUAAUGGGAAGAUACUCAACAGUGUCAAUAGCGGAGUAUUUGUUAAUGCUCUAGUUGAUGGUGCAUUAAAGGAAGAGUGUGCAUACAAGAACAACAUACUGGCUCUCUACCUCAAGACAAAAGGAGAUUUUAUACUAGUUGGUGAUAUAUUGAGAUCAUUAAAGUUACUUGUCUAUAAAGAAGAAUUAGGCCUUGAAGAGAUUGGUGUUGAUCAUAACAUUUCUCCUUGUUUCUGUACUGCCAUUGAAAUGAUUGAUGAUGAGAAUUACCUAGGAGCUGAUGGGAGGCACAUUUUCAUAUGUCAGAAAAACACUGAAGCUACUAGUGAAGCAGAUCUAUUGUACAUGGUUCAGCCUUCUAGAAUGUAUUUUGGUGACAACGUCAAUGUCUUCAGUAGAGGCUCUUUUGUGAUGGAUCACCCUGGAGCUGGUGCCUCCUCCCUAUUGCAAGGAAAGCCAAUCCUCUUUGGUACAGUCCACGGGGCCAUUGGCCUCAUUGGUACACUGAAUAUGGACACAUACACUCUACUCUCCAAACUCCAACAAAAGAUGGCCGCCAAUAUCAAGAGCGUUGGGAACAUAGAACAUGAGAUAUAUAGGUCAUUUUCAAAUGAGCAUCGUAGCAAACCUUUUGCUGGUUUUAUAGAUGGGGAUCUUGUUGAAAAGUUUCUUGAGCUACCUCGACCACAGAUGAGUCAAAUUGUUCAGGGAAUUAAGACGACAGAUGUUACUGGGACAGAAGUUGAUGUAUCUGUUGAUGACAUAUUGAAAUUGAUCGAGGACUUAUCUAGACUUCAUUAAUAAUAGCAUUAAUAAUAAUAAUAACAACGAGUAUUAUUAUUAUUGAUGUUUGUUUUUACACAAUAGAACUAAACUGCUCAUUUAA